UAUCAGAACCAAGGCGAUCAGAACAGCACCGCUUUGAGCGGAUGUAGAUUAUACGGUGUGUUAACCUCCGAAAACAUGGCAAAUCGUAGUGAAUCGUCUCUAACGCGGAGUCGUACGAAUGACAAAGAACGCCAAGCUCUGGAGGAAGCAGACUCUAACAUUGGUCUGUGUGGAUGGUUCCUGGUAGGAAUCUCCAUCUUGCUGACUUUGGCCACCUUCCCUCUCUCCAUAUGGAUGUGCAUAAAGAUAGUGAAAGAGUAUGAGAGAGCCAUCAUCUUCCGUUUAGGACGAAUUCUCAAAGGAGGUGCCAAGGGGCCAGGUCUGUUCUUCGUCCUGCCCUGCACAGAUACCUUCAUUAAAGUGGACAUGCGCACCAUCUCAUUUGACAUUCCCCCACAGGAGGUCCUGACCAAGGACUCGGUGACAGUGAGUGUGGAUGGCGUGGUGUACUACCGCGUGCAGAACGCCACACUGGCUGUGGCCAACAUCACCAACGCUGACGCCGCCACCCGCCUGCUUUCUCAGACGACCCUCAGGAACGUGCUGGGCACCAAGAACCUGGCCGAGAUCCUCUCAGAUCGCGAGGAGAUUGCACACAGCAUGCAGGCCACUCUGGACGACGCCACGGACGAUUGGGGCAUCAAGGUCCAGCGCGUGGAGAUCAAAGAUGUCAAGCUGCCCAUUCAGCUGCAGAGGGCCAUGGCUGCUGAAGCUGAGGCCUCACGGGAGGCUAGGGCCAAGGUGAUUGCGGCGGAGGGCGAGAUGAACGCUUCCCGUGCGCUGAAGGAGGCGUCCCUGGUGAUCGCCGAGUCCCCAUCUGGCCUGCAGCUGCGUUACCUGCAGACUCUCAACACCAUCGCCGCCGAGAAGAACUCCACCAUCAUCUUCCCCCUCCCCAUAGAAAUGCUGCAGACCUUCAUGAAACAUUAAGACUUCCACUCACACACACAUACACAUGCACCCACUCACAAUACAUACGCUUACACAUGUCACACGCACACACUGUGAGCAUAUACUGGACUUUGGACUGUGUGGAUGGGAUGCGAUAUACUCAAUCAUUCAAGUCAGACGAAAGAAAUUACAUAAAACCUUUUCCUGAAAGAGUUUGUGUUGUCGGUAUAGGACAGUCACGAUAUGACUUCUAUACAGUACACACAGAUGUAUCUCUUUAUGGUAUGAGUAUUCAUGUGAAGUGGAGUGGAAUCCAGGUCAUGAGAUACUCUCCCUCCACUUUAAGGCUUUCAGAAAACCAGAGCAUCAAAUAACCAGAGGAAAUAGAAGUAACCACAUCUCAGCCCUGCUGCAAACCCACAUGUUCUUAACAUUGCAUUUCUGACACACAUUCUCACUGCAUAAACACAACGCAACCACGCACAAGCCCUUGCCUAGUGAGAGUAGUAGUGUGUUGAGCCAGAGGUACAUUUAAAUUCAGAAAACAGACGUGAGUGUUUGUGUCAAUUUGCACAUUGCACCAUAUUUUUGUUUACAGUUUAAAGCAAACAAUUUGAAAUGUCUUCACAAAAUGUUCUGAUUUAAAAGUUUGCCUGUUUGCCAAAUUGGAAUGUACCUCUGAGUUAAGGCUCAACAUGCCACUAAUGUGUGUUUGGAUCCGUUUGCCUACAGUAUAUAUGUGAGUUGCUAUCUGCAUCUGAAAUCCCAUACAGUAUCAAUGAAAGGUCAGUGUAAUUGAAUGGUCAACACUGUAAAAGUUCUUGAGGAUGAUUACAGUGCAGUGCAGAGUGAUGCUUAAUUGUAAGUGUGUGUGUGUGUGUGUGUGUGUGUGUGUGUGUGUGUGUGUGUGUGUGUGUGUGUGCGCGCGCGCGCAUGCGUGCUUGUGGGAGUAAGCUGUUCUGAAUGCAAAAAAGAUGCCUUGUAUUUUAUUAUGCUGUACCUGACUCUCUCUUUCUCUAUCCGUGGUCGUAUCUGACAACAUAAAGCCUUAAUGAGUGUUACAUGCUAAUCUCACCUCCAAACAGACUUUUUUUAACCAAUUUAUCAGGAACGAUUUUUUUUACUUCAGAGCUUUUUUUAUUUUAACUAACACAUUGUAUGAUUCAGUAUUAUAGCGAUUGAUCAAAUUAACCCUGUUUGUAUUACCCAUGGCUGUGGCUAGUUAUAGAAAGCUAAUAAUAGAAAAUAUUAUUGCGGUGUUUUAACUGCCCUGAAACAAGCAGUUUUGUUCACUGCCUACUGACCUGCUCUGCCUACUAAUGUAAUUUCUCGCCAAAGAUUGCCCUAGUGUUACGUGCCUAUUUGUACCUCUGCCAAGUUUACACUCUAGGUUGCAGCGUGUGUGGGGUUUCAAAAUUAAGCCAUGGGCUUUGUUUUAUUGCUUCAUGUUGCACUUUGCUAUACUGUGUUUUCCGGGUAUGUGCCAAGCAGCACAUAUUGCCAUAAUAAAGUUCAAAUUAAGCUUUGUGUUGUUAAAUGGAUGUGAAAUAUUUGUUUGUACCAGUAUGUGAAGUGCAAGUGCUAUAUACCCUUGUGUAUGAAGUUGGUGUUUAUUGAAUAUCACUUUUAUUUGUUGAAGUUGUGUAAUGUUGAAAACACGCACUGACGUCCACAUUUAACAACUUAUAUAAAACCAAUAAACAACUGAAGGUUUAUACCAUA